UCCGUGCGGCUGUGGAGGAGAGAGGCGUCUGCGGAGAGGGGCGAUUUAGUGGAUGCGUGAGUGAGUGGGUGGGUGCAGGAGUGAGCGAGUGAGGGGGUGGGUGCGAGGGUGAUAGUGAGUGAGGGGUGAGUGGGAGGGUGAGGACCAUGUCUCUCUCGGAGAGUCUCUCGGCGCUGCUCAACCCGACUCCGCGCGCCGUGGACCCCGAAGACGCGGACACAGGCUGCUGCGGGGCUCGGCUUGCUGAGCGCUUUGCGCAGAACGAGGAGGAUGAGGUUGGGCCCAGCGUACUGCGGCGCCGCGCCGCGCUCGCAGAGAGCGACGCGCGUUAUCGCGGCCUCAUCGCGACGCGCCAGGACCUCCACCUCCUCGGAGACCACCACGAUGAGGAUGAUGAUGAUGAUGGAAGCGAUGAUGCGAGUUCGGUAGGAGCUGCAAGCGAAGUGCAAGUGGAGGCGGAGGAGCAGGAGGAAGGGCCUGCAGCGAUCACGAGCGCGACGUGGGAACACGCGCGCCCUGGAGAGCAGCAACUUCAGGAAGACGAUGACGAAAAUGAAAGCCCUGGUGAUGAUGACGAUGAUGAUGACGCUGAUGGAAAUGUCAUGGAUGAAGAGGAGGAGGUGACAUCUGAAGAGGAAGGCCUGUUACAGGGUGGACUGCACAAACCUGAGAAUGGAGGAGUGGUAACAUUUCAGUCAGAAGAGAUUGAUGAAGAGGUGGGCAAGGGUCAGGCCAUCAAACGACAAAUUGGCCUUUGGGAUCAUUUGCUGGAAGCUCGGAUCAAGAUGCAACGGGCACUGGAGAUCUGUAACCGCCUCCCACAGCCCGACACGCUGCCCGGCUUCAAGGCACGCUCUGGCGACGCCCUGUCGCGCACACUUGGCGAAAGUCGCUCAGUGCUCCUGGAGCAAAUGAGGCUACUGACCGACUUGCAGAACCACCUACUGCACUCAAAUGCAGACACACAGCACAUGGUGGACAGGAGCAGCCUGCACAAUUGGGAGGAGCAGCCAGGCAGUGCUGCUCUCCCUCAGGGGGGCCGAGUGCCCAGCAAGCGCUCGCUGCUCAUGGACGAAUACCCCGACUUCUCCGCCAAGAGAUUCACUGCCUACAAGCAUCAUCGCAAUGCCGUCAUUCAAAAGUGGCACGACAAAACUAAACUCAGCGGAGGCAAGAUGAAGGGCUUCGCCUCGUUUGAUCGCUCCGUGCUGCUGCAAAUUGAGCACGUGUUGCAGGAGCGUGAGCGCCUGCUCCUCCGCACGCAAACCAAGCGCUCUGCCUUUACUAUCCUGGGGAAGACCCCAAACGAGGAGACCAGCGGCAGCGGCAUGGGGACCGACGAGUCACAUCCCGCGGUCGCACCACGGGCUGCGUCACAGCUCAAGGACAUUGAUCCGGAGGUGUUUGAUGAUGGGGAUUUCUACCACCAGCUGCUGCGUGAGCUGAUCGAGUGCAAGACGGCUGCCACGGACUCUAACGAUCAGCUCGCUUGGGGAAGGCAGUGGCUGGAGAUACAAAAGUUAAGAAGUAAAGUUAAGAAGAAGGUUGACACGAAAGCCAGCAAAGGACGCAAAAUCAGGUACAACGUGCACAGCAAGCUGCUGAGCUUCAUGGCUCCCGUCGACAACAGCUGCAUGAGCGAUGAGGCCAGGACGGAAUUGUUCCGUUCUCUCUUUGGGAAAAGCCAGAAGCUGGAGCCGUCACCUGCUGUGUGAAGCAUCACUGCACAUUUGCCCUCAUCAAAUAUUCUGAGCAAAUCGCACGUUCUGUCUUGGGACUCUUUUAAAAUAUUUGAACAUAUUUGUAUUAUUCUUUACUCAUUAAAUUCACACGAAGCGAAUUAACCUGCGUAGGAUUUUCACUUAUUCCAAAUAUUACUCCGUACGUUGUCUACGACGCGUGCUGCAUUGGAGCCACACGUCAGGCCGUGGGCUAGUUCCGAUGAUGCGGCUGGGCUCGCUGCCCGCCUGCAGGUGCGUGCUCUGGUGCCCUUUGGUGGGGUCUUGGAACACAUUUAAACUUUUAAACAUUUUCCUUUUUGGCAACCGUUCAAAGUGGUAAUGUUCACACGGGAGAGUUCUCCGGCUAAAACCUCAAAUCCACUAGCACUUUGAUCAAGUAUUUGUUUUUUAUAAUGUACUCGUGACGAGUCUUUUUCAAGGUCACCGGUUUGAACACUUGCCCACUAAAUAUGUGACGUGUCUCCUUAACUCGCACGAAAUGGUUCAGAUGGACUUGACUAACGUGAUCGUAGAUUUCAUCCUGGUGCUGAGAGUUGCAUGUGGGUAUUACUUGACCAUACUUUCAGCUGGUCAGUGUGGCUUGAAUAAGGGGACCAUAAAGUGCAGUACAGUACAAUGGCACUACGUCUGGCCCAGAAGGGGCAGCCUGCAGCGCUUGUUACGUCGAUUCAGCGUUGGGGUGAGUGAGCACAUUGAGUUGGGGCAGUAUUCUCACAAAGGAGCGAGUGCUUGGGUUCGUGGAAAACGCAAUGCGUUCCGUGUUGAUCGCACUGCGGCUGUGAUGAAAAAAAAUAUCGGCGACGUUUUGGACAAUACAAUGGCCCUCUUAUCGCACAAAUAGGCUGGAGUGAGUUGGGGGUUGGAGACUGAACUUACCACCAUAGGGCUUGAUGAGAAUUACAUUUCACAAAUCAGAAUAUUUAUACUGGAGGAAUCUGAUGAGCAAUUAAGAUCUUUUUCACGUGUCCAGAAGAUGUUUUCUUGUGGCUAGUUUUUAGAUGUGCGCAUGCAUAGUUAUCUCGGCAGUUACUCUAAAGCAGGGGUCCUCAAACUUUUUAAACAGGGGGCCAGUUCACUGUCCCUCAGACCGUUGGAGGGCCGGACUAUAGUUAAAAAAACUAUGAACAAAUUCCUAUGCACACUGCAUAUAUCUUAUUUUGAAGUGAAGAAACAAAACGGGAAAAAUACAAUAUUUAAAAUGAACAAGUAAAGUUAAAUCAACAAACUUGCCAGUAUUUCAAUGGGAACUAUGGGCCUGCUUUUGGCUAAUGAGAUGGUCAAUGUCCGGUUCCAUAUUUGUCACUGCUAGUCAUAACAAGUGAUGCAAGUGUGCAUCCGUUAGUCUAGAUCUGGUUGGAGAUUUCAAAUGUUUCAUUCUGGAAAAAGUCUGUUCACAGACAUAAGUGCUGCCAAAGAUGGUUGCCAUUUUGAGUGCAUGGUUCCUGAGAUGAGGAUAUGUCUCAGAGGGGAGAGAUGCAUAGAAAUUAUGAAGGCUGCUUGACUUGAAUGCGUCUUUCAGAGAGUCACAAUUCUGCAGUUCAGCCAGUUCCAUUUGGUAAAUUGUAUCCACAUUUUCAAUGUCAAUAGAAAAUGGGUUACGGAAAAGCUGUAUGUCCUGUUCAUGGAGAUGACGCUCUUUAAAUCUAAAUUGGAACUCCUUUUGCAAUUUUUCCAGUGAAUCCACACAUGUUUUGUUUGGGAAUGCAACCAAUGGUUUUUCCGCUAACAGAUUUUCAGUUGUGGGGAGAUGGCAGAAGUUUUCCUCCUUCACUUGUUUGAUGAGGAGGCCUAGUUUUACUUCAAAUGCUUUGACAUGUGAUUGCAUAUCACAGAUGAGCUUCCCCUUUCCUUGAAGUUACACAUUGAAACUGUUGAGUAGCUCUGUUACAUCUGUCAUAAAGGCAAGGUGCCAUUUCCAUUCUGCAUCAUUGAGCUCUGGUACUUAUUUGUUUUUUGAAAGCAGAAAAGCUGUAAUCUGUGAAAGUAAGUCAUAGAAACGUUUCAAAACUCUCCCUCGACUCAGCCAACGGACUUCUGUGUGGUACAGAACAUCUUCAUAGUCAACAUUUAGCUCAGACAGAAAUUCCUGAAAUUGUCUGUGGUUUAGUGCAUGAGCUCUAAUGAAGUUAACACAAGAUACCACAAUUUUCAUAACAGAGUCCCACUUCAGUGAUUUACUACACAGCGCUUGUUGGUGGAUGAGGCAGUGUAUGGCUAUUGGAUGAGAAUGGUUAUGUUUGUCCAUCUCUUGGUUAAUGCGAGCAAUUACUCCUUUCUUAGACCCCACCAUGCUAGGAGCACCAUCAGUUGUCACACUGGCUUGUUUAGCCCAGUUCAGCUCCAAACCAUUCACAGUUUGGCAAAACUUUUCAUAGAUAUCCUCUCCUGUAGUUGUUCCUUUGAUGCUUUGCAGUGCAGCAAGCUCUUCUGUGACUUUGAAAGUCAUUCGUACCACGAAUAAAAAUUUGAAGUUGUGCAGAAUCACGAACAUCAUUGCUUUCGUCGAGUGCCAAGGAAAAAUAGGAAAGUUUUUUUGUGGAGUUUUGCAAAUGCUGAUGCAAAUUGUCUCCCAUUUCUUCAAUCCUCCGUGUAAUUGUAGGUCCUGAAAGACUCACUGUACUAAAUAAAUCGGCCUUCUCUGGACACAUCUCUUUGGCAACAGA